GUGCCGUGCGCUGUGUUUUGAGAGAGAGAGAAAAAACUUGGCACUGUGGAGCUCGCUAGCGUUUUCUUAUCGGAACGGGGCGAUACUGCUGGUGGAGUCUGUAGCUGAGUAUUAGCGGGCUGCAGCGGGGGAGAGGCGCGGGCUCUGAGCGGCGGGGAGAGCGGGGGAUGUAGCCAGACACCACGUCCCGUUUACGGUUAGCCGAGUCGCGGUGGCGGACGCUUCCCGCAGCCUGGCGGGGACGGUAACAGUAGCGAGAGAGGAGGGAUUAGCCAGACGGUCUGUCUGCCCGCUGUAGCUUAGCUUAGCCUAGCUUAGCAAUGCUGGAGACAUCAGCAGCCUGCUGUGGAGCUCAGUAAGUAGACCGCCUGCAGGACCACCCGGGCCUUCCCCGCCCUCUGUAGACCGACACACGGGCAGGGCGGUCGGCGCUGAUCGGGGAACAUCGGCGGAUCACUGCUAGCUGCUGUUAGCUAGCUUAGUUAACCUAGCUAGCGUGUGAGGCUAGGUUAGGACAGUCAGCGAGCCUCGGGGACGUUGGCUCGCUACACCCUCGCCCUGCACAUUCACUUAGUGAAGAGUCGAGGCAGCUGGAUCGGAGAAUAGACGGUUGAGGGCUAUGUCUUCAGCAGCCACCGCGCCCCCGUCCGUAGAUAAGGUGGACGGCUUCUCCAGGAAGUCAGUCCGGAAAGCAAAGCAGAAGCGAGCGCAGAGCUCAUCUCAGUUCAGAUCUCAGGACAAGCCCAUUGAGCUGGUGCAGUUGCCGCUGCUGAAAGAUGUCUCUGCCCAAGAGCAGCCAGAGUUGUUCCUGAAGAAGCUGCAGCAGUGCUGCACGCUUUUUGACUUCAUGGACACGCUGUCUGACCUCAAGAUGAAGGAGUACAAGCGCUCCACUCUCAACGAGCUGGUGGACUAUGUGACGGUCAGCCGGGGCUACCUGACUGAGCAGACUUAUCCUGAAGUCGUCAAAAUGGUGUCCUAUAACAUAUUCCGGACUCUUCCGCCCAGUGACAGUAAUGAAUUUGACCCAGAGGAGGAUGAACCCACUCUAGAGGCUUCAUGGCCACACUUACAGCUUGUCUAUGAGUUUUUCAUUCGCUUCCUGGAGAGUCAGGAAUUUCAGCCCAGCAUUGCCAAAAAAUACAUUGACCAAAAAUUUGUACUACAGCUCCUGGAGCUUUUUGACAGUGAGGACCCUCGGGAGAGGGACUGCCUGAAGACUGUCCUGCACAGAAUUUACGGCAAGUUCCUCGGCCUCAGGGCCUUCAUCCGCAAACAGAUCAACAACAUUUUUCUAGGGUUUGUGUAUGAAACGGAGCAUUUCAAUGGAGUGGCUGAGCUGCUAGAGAUCUUGGGAAGCAUCAUCAAUGGUUUUGCACUUCCUCUAAAAGCUGAACAUAAGCAGUUCCUGGUGAAAGUGUUGCUGCCCCUGCACUCAGCCAGGAGUCUGUCCCUCUUCCACGCACAGCUGGCGUACUGUAUCGUACAGUUCCUAGAGAAAGACCCCACGCUAACAGAACCUGUGAUAAGAGGAUUGUUGAAGUUUUGGCCAAAAACCUGCAGUCAGAAAGAGGUCAUGUUCCUCGGAGAGCUGGAGGAGAUCCUUGAUGUGAUUGAGCCCACACAGUUUGUCAAGAUCCAGGAGCCACUGUUCAAGCAGAUCUCCAGAUGUGUGUCCAGCCCACAUUUUCAGGUGGCAGAGCGAGCCUUGUACUACUGGAACAAUGAGUACAUUAUGAGUCUGAUUGAAGAGAACUCCAGCGUCAUCCUGCCCAUCAUGUUUGCCAGUCUCUACCGGAUCUCCAAAGAGCACUGGAACCCAGCGAUAUCUGCUUUAAUCUACAAUGUGCUGAAAGCAUUCAUGGAGAUGAACAGCGCACUGUUUGAUGAACUUGCUGCCACUUACAAAUCAGACCGUCAGAGGGAAAAGAAGAAGGAGAAGGAUCGCGAGGACUUGUGGCGGAAGCUGGAAGAGUUGGAGCUGAGGCGGGGCAUCCAAAACAGCGAUGGCAUCAUUCCCACCUAACAUGGAUGUCUAACUCCACCCCUCCAACCAAUGGCCCUUUUUUUCUGCCACAGGGACACCACCCCCCCUCCAUGCUUCUUGUGCUACAUGAAUUACUGUACACUCCUGCGUUUGUCUGUCCUGUCCUUUUUUCUUUUUUUCCCCCUUU